AUGGCCGUCAGGAUGAUAAAUGAUGACAAGGAUAGUAGGCGUGGGGAUGAGAGGUAUAAUGAGGACAGUGAUAGAGAUGAUAGGCGCAGAGAAAAUACUUACAGGGAAGAUGUUGAUAAUGAUAUUAGGCACAAAGAAGAAAAAUAUCUAGAAGACACUGAAAGAGACUCCCGCCAUAAGGAUAGUAAGCAAGGGGAUGGAUAUGAUAGAGAUAAAAGAACAAGAGACAUUAAGUAUAGGGAUGAACGGACAACACGAGAUAGGUCUGGUGAUAAGUUGGACCUUAAGCAUUCGAGGGACGAUAGCUCUGCUGGUGAUCAUUAUCCAGGUACCGAGAUGAUCAAGGCAGGAGAAGAACUAACGAAAAAAGAGGAUUAUAGCGAUAUUAAAUCUCGAGUUACAAAGGAUCAAAGAUCCGAUGCUGAAAGGAAGAGUACAAGCAGUGCAAGAAUGGAUUUGGCUACUGAUAGAGUUCGGUCUGCUUCCAGAAAUGCUGAUUUGGAACUUACAUCUAGCCAUGGUAGACGGUGGAGUUCACCCCCAUCAAAUUCUCAUACACCUAGGGAUCACCACAGGAGCCUGAGGCAAGAUGAUUCCAAAUAUAGAGAUUACAAUUAUGAAGAGAGAAUUCGACCUUCAACAAGAGAUCAUGCUGGUGCUGCUGGAGGGUCUGAGAAGACUUCAUCUCAAUCAGUUGAGAAGCUUGGUCAAAAGGAUGAUGGCCAUUUUGGAGAGAUUUAUGCUGAAAGGCGUCUCAAGUCUGAUAUUCGAUCUUCACCCUUGCAGCUAGCAGAUAAAUCUCCAACAUCGAGUGGUGACAGGAGACAGUUCAGCAGGCCUGAUGUCAGACGAAGUUUUGAUAUUGAAGAAUCAACACAGAGAAGUGGUGGUUCUCGAGAAUGGGAAGAGUACAAUGAACUGGCCAUUUUUUCCAGCAGUUCUAAGCCAAUGUUACCACCUCCACUCUUUAGGACAGGUGUAGAUAGUCCUUUGGGGUCAGGCCCAGGUGAUGAUGAUGGUAGAGGUAAGUCCAACUUGCGUCAUAGGAGGGAUGGUGAUCCCAACAUGGGUAACAUGGGUAGAAUUCAAGGAAGUCCUUGGAGAGGUGUUCCGAGCUGGCCUUCUCCUGUGGCAAAUGGUUUCUUGCCUUUCCCACAUGGUCCGCCUCCUGUAGGUUUUCAUUCAGUUAUGCAGCCAUUUCCUGCCCCACCAAUGUUUGGAGUCAGGCCUUCGAUAGAGUUAAACCAUCCUGGUGCUUACCAUAUGUCUGAAGCUGAUAGGUUUUCUGGUCCUGGGCGUCCAAUGGGAUGGCGCAAUCAGGUGGAUGAUUCCUGCCAUCCAUUACAUGCUUGGGAUGCUAGUAAUGUCGUGUUUGGGGAUGAGUCUCACAUUUAUGGGAGAUCAGAUUGGGAUCAUUCAAGGAACUUACCUGGUACUCGAAGCUGGGAUGCCAGUGGAGAUUUUUGGAAGGGUCCCAAUAGAACUGGAAGCAUGGAGGUCCCGUCUACUGAUAAAGAGAAUAACUCUGUUCGAAGUGGCGAUGAGGCUUUGGAAAGUCAGUCUACUCAGGCAGCUAUGAAUGAGCAAAACCAAGUUGAUCAGCAAGCAGAUAGCAGUGAUGUUAGGCAGCAAAUAAAGAGCCCCAAAAAGAAUGAAACUGUGGGUAGUCUGGAGGAUACUGGUGAUAUUGAUAAAAUGUUGAGAAAGGAUGAUGCACGAUGGCAUGUUUACCUUUCCAAACUUGAUAUUUCUGCUGAUCUUUCUGAACCCAAUUUACUUGAUAAGUGCAAAGUCAUGAUUGGUAAUGAGCAUAGUAUAUCUUCUGAUGUAGGCGACUCUGAAAUUUUAUAUAUUGAGGAUUUGGAAGCCGAGGUGGUAUCUCACAGACUUCUGAAUUAUGUACUAUUUGGAUCUAAUGAUGAUUCUGUUUUCCAGAAAUCUAUGUCCCUCUACAAGAGGCAGAAAACAGAACAUUUUCAGGCUGAACAUGCUGAGAAAAUCAAAGCCUUGAGUGAUUUUGUUCCGGAUUCCAAUCAGAGAAAAACCUACCAACUUGGAGAUGCCUUGGCUGCUGAAGAUGUUGAAGGUUCGAGUGCUGCUCCGCUACUAUCAUCAGAAACAAAAGACUUGGCUGCAGAAUCUGGUAGUAACAAUGAGGAAGUGAAUUUGGUAGAUACUAGUACUAAGUGUGAUCCCUUGCUUAGUUCUGAUAUGUUCUCAGAGGCAUCUGAGGCUAUGAUGCCAGAGUUGGAGAUGCGGUUUUUCGUUCCUCCUGGAGUGUCUGGUCUUUGUCUCUUUGUGAGGGAUAAAUGGGGAAAAUGUUUGUAUGUUAUAUACAAUGGGUUUUCCUUUUCCUCACCAAGAUCCCAAGAUUCAGACAUACUUCAGCUUCACCAGAAUAGGCUUCUGCCGAUGUGGUUGUGA